AUGUUUCUUACUAGGGACACGACAAACUGUGGGCGCGAUCUAGUGGAGAGUAUUGAACUACCACUGCUGUUGACUAGGAUCAAGACAGACCACGAGGAAAAUUUUUGGGGGGAAAAGAAGAAUGUGAAGGAGAGGAUCAUCGUGCUAGUCAGUAGCAGUGAAGUUUCUCUUGGUGAAGAUCAGAGCAAAAGAACAGACCAAGAAAAAUUGCUACAAAUUUUUGGAUUAUCGAAGCAGCCAGUGAAUCUCAAUAGAAGUGGUGAAGAAAAACGUUCUGUUACAACUUUUAUGAUGACAAUUUAUUCAAGUUCCGUCGUCCAAUUGUCAUCCGUUAUUGUCAAUAACACAAAUCAUAAUUUUACUCAGUAUCAUUUGAAAAAAAUACAUGACAGUGACCUGAUUGCUACUUUUAUGCCCCAACAACCACAUAAAGGACAUGGCGGCAAGCCAAAUAAAAUUCAACGGAUGUGGUUUGAUGUAUUGCUCAUCAAAAAGGGCCAACAGAUCCUAGCAACUGAUUUGAGGCUUUAUCGCGAUAAAUCAAAGACAAUCGAUAAGUAUCGAGACCUGUCUUUUAAUAUGACUAUAUACAGACCAGACCUAACUGGAGAUAAAAAAAAUUUCAUUUACGUCAACUCGAUUAUUGUUGGCGCCAAUUUUAAUGGAUGGGUUGUUUUGGACAUCACCGAUUGCUUCAAAUGGUGGACCGACAAUAUUGAUAUGAAUAAUGGACUGAAAAUCACCACGACACCCAUCAGCAAAGUGAGUUCUAGAAGAAGACUUCAUCAAGUAAAGCCCGAGCAAUUAGGAAUCAUUGGAUUUGACGGUGAUCCUAGCAAACACGCAUUUGCUGUUGGGUAUUACCAGAGUUUCCAGCAGAGUAUUAAUGUACCUGAAAUCAGUAACGUCAUCAGCAGACACCCCAGGAGUAUGAACAUUCAUGACUAUAUUUACGACGAUCAAUAUUUUGACGAAAGUUUAAUGAACCCUUUGGAAAAACAAACUAAUGAGUAUCGUAAAUUGAAGUGUAAUUUAAGAGGAAUGACUCUUAAUUUUGGAGACAUAGGAUUUGAUUUUAUAGUAUUCCCUUCUUCGAUUGAUUUAAAUGAUUGCAUUGGUACAUGCCGAUUUCCUUUCGCAGAUCGCGCAAACGCGACCAACCACGCAAUUUACAAAAGUUUGUUGAGCAAAUAUGGAGUGUCGAGAUUAAAUACACCUAAUUGUAUUCCAAUUUCUUAUGCUGAACGAAAAUUUUUGUAUUAUGGGAGCGAUAAUGUUUUGCUUUAUCUGAGAUGGAAAGAUGCUGCAGUUACUGCAUGCGGAUGUCGGUAA